CAUCGACUUUCUCUUAAGGACGCUCCCCGGCCUCUCAUCUUUAUAAUAACGUCCCUCCUACAAACUGUCUCAGCAGCUCCAAGGUUCAACGACCUAUCUCCAUCUCUGAUAAACGACAAGAAUCAUUAUUACUACAAUGGCAUCAAAGAAACGCUUAGGAUUGAAACUUCCAAUCCCUCCACAACACCAAAGGGCGCCUCUUCCUCUGCCCCUUCCUCUUCCCCUUCCUCUUCCAGAGCCGCCGCAGGUAUCUUCAACACAGGGCGUAGAGAAACUCUCUGAUUUGGAAAUAGUGGGAAAGCUCGGGCAUGGUAGCGGAGGCAUAGUGUACAAGGUCCUCCACCCCAAAUCCUCCACCAACUAUGCCCUAAAAGUCAUCCGCCUGGACCACGAUCCCUCCCUCACUUCCCACAUCACCAGGGAGAUGGACAUCCUUAGGAAAAUUGAUUCUCCUUACAUUGUCAAAUGUGAGGGUGUCUUGUACGAGGGAGGGAACAUUAAUUUUGUGCUGGAAUACAUGGAUGGAGGCUCCCUUGCCGAUGUGUUAAAGCACAAGACAAGGAUGAGUGAGUCCUCCCUGGUAAAGGUUGCCCGGCAAGUACUGGAGGGAUUGAAAUACCUUCAUAGAGAGCGGAUUGUUCACAGAGACAUUAAGCCCGCCAAUCUCUUGAUUAGCAAGAAUUACCAGCGAAUUAAAAUUGCAGACUUUGGAGUGAGCAGGAUUGUAUCACACAACAUAGAUUCCUGCUGCAAUUCAUAUGUGGGAACAUGUGCUUACAUGAGCCCCGAGAGAUUCGAUCCACAGAGCUAUGGUGGGAGAUAUAAUGGGUAUGCAGGGGAUAUCUGGAGUUUUGGAUUGACACUGUUGGAAUGUUAUGUGGGUCAUUUCCCAUUUGUAGCAGCCGGAGAGCAGGCGGAUUGGCCUGCACUGAUGUGUGCCAUAUGUUUUGGAGAGCCGCCCUCUGCACCCGCAAGUGCAUCUGCAGAGUUCCAGAGUUUCAUCAGAUGUUGUCUUCAAAAGGAUGCAGGCAAAAGAUGGACGGCCUCGCAGCUUCUGAACCAUCCAUUCCUCAAUAAAAGUUCAAAAUUUCAGCAGCCCUGCAAUCUAACAGUGCCCUUCCAGUCUCUCAACAUCUCGCAGAAUGUGUGAAUGCUCAGGGAAAGUGAACUGAUUAGGCUUCAACCCAACAUCGCAUUCCUCCAAGCUCAUAAAAGGCGAAUUCAAAGGGAUAAACCGUGUGCAGUUGAUUAAAAAAAGGGGUAAACCGUGCAAGUGAUCCGGGAGAAGCUAUCCUGCACACCCACUUUCGGAGUGAGCGCCACGUUGUGAGGCGGGCAAACCCCACAACCUUGUCAUGCAAUUUUUUACUGGGGGUUUAGGUGUUCUCCUCUCCGUUCAUCAGGGAAUUGAAUGCGGCCUAAUUAUGGGUAUUCUGCAAUUUUUAUGUCUGCAUAACGUGAAAGUUUCGCAUUGUACAAUGUACAAUAUAACAGUUUUGGAGCCAGUUUAGCAGCUUCCUUAAUUUUGUCUGUCAAACCAAUAUUUUGUGAUAUGGUCAUUCAAAUGUAAAAGUAAAUGGUCAUUUGGAUAUAAAUAAUCCAACUGUUAGUGGUAUGGAAUUUUUUGGCUUUA